AUGUUGCGCCUGGCCAACAAUAAGUCUGGAGUCAAUCUGAAUUCCAGCUUCAACGUGGGCAAUGCGACGUCUUAUGAUGAGAGCGAUGAGCCCAUUCCUCACGGCGCAUCCGAGGCUGCGCUGGCAAGCGCUGAGGGCGGCGAGCAGGCGCUCGACAAAAAACUAUACAAGCAAUUUUGGCAGCUACAGGCAGCCUUUUGCAAUCCGGCUAUCCUGGGUGCAGGCAGCGACUGGUUGCAGUUUCAACAGCUGCUCAAGGGCGUGCCCUCAGAGUUAUCGCGUCAGUUUGUGCGCAACAUCAAGGGGAGCGAAUUGGAGAAGGCAGAGGCAGCGCCAGUGCAGCCCGUGGAGCCAGAGGCCAAGCGCGAAUCAGACGAGCAGGGUGAUUCAGAAGCCGAGGAAGUGGCCGAAGACAAUGAGCCCAAGGAGAACUCAGGGGUUCGUCUGCGCUGUCGCAAAUCUGGAAGACUGUGCCCACGCUGUUCCCGAACCCUCAUGCCGCCACUUAUCGGGACCCCGUGCAGGAAAUCCGAGGUGCUCAGCCCAGAUACGCAUAUGGAGUUGCGGCGACUUCACAAGGAAGUCAAUGAGCUCUACGAAACAUUGGAGGCCAAAGACCGGGACCUGCAACUCUCAGCCACGAUUGGCCAAAACUUGCUUCAGGAGAAUCAAGACCUUUCCGAACGAUAUGAGCAAGCGCUGCAGCAACAUGCGCAGGCCAUGGAGGAGCUGCAGCAGGAGGUCUAUGCCGCACGACAGGAGAGCAAGAACCAGUCACAUGACCGAGAAAUGGCGCUUCACCUUGAAAAUGAGAACAGUGCGCUGCGGGAUCGCGUCGAUGCCUUGGAAAUACAGUGCCGGGCCUUGGACAAGGAGCUCCAGGGCACGAAGCGUUCCUCACGAAUUGACCUCGAGCGCUUCGAGGAACAGGUUCAGAGCCUGCAAAGUGAAAAGGGCCAGUUUGAGCGCAAAAUCGCACAACAACUGACCAUCAUCGAGGACCUGCAGAACCAAGCUGUUGCUCGAGCCAAUGCAGCAGAUCUGGACCAAGAGCUGGCCACGUGUCAACGCCAGUUGACCGACAUGGAGCGCGAGGUGGCUUCUCUCCAGCUAGAGCGCUGCGAUUUACAGAGUGCCUUGCAGCAAAAUAUGACUGACAAUGCCAAUCUGCGACAGCGCGUCGUUGAGUUACACGAGACCAAUGGACGACUGCAGGUUCAGAACGGCGGCCUCCGUGAUGCAGCCGAGGACAUGCAGGCGACAAUGGCUAGUCUGCAGACAGAGUUGGCCCAGUACAAGUCUACCAACGGCAACAUGGGGAGUGGUCUUGAUCUCUUUAGUGAGGUCGAAGAGAAACGCAUUCGGUUGGAGGAGGCCUUGGCGCGCCAUCGUAGCCGAGUGGUGACACAGCAGAAGCAAAUUGAGCGCAUUGAGCAGGAUCGCCGAAGUUUGCGCGCUCACGUCCAGCGUCUCAUGCAGAUGCACGGCAGCAAAGCCGACUCGGCCAAAAUGCAUCGUCUGGAGAAUGCCCUGAGCCAGCGUGAGUCAGAGAUGCUUGAGCUGCGUCGCGUGGUCAAGCGCCUUCAAGACACCAACCAUCAGUACACCAGCCGCGCAAAGGAGCUACUCCAAUCAGUGAAGCAAGGGGAUCAUCGCGUGGUUGUGGAGUUUAUGCAGGAGGAGCUUGAAAACGUGCGUGAGGAAAAUGCACGUCUUGAGCGUGAGCUGCAAACAGCCACCAUGAAGACAGUCAACGAAAGCUACAAGUUGCACGAGUGCCAAGCUCAGCUACACGACGCUGAGCGCAAGCUUGAGGCAGCGCGUGCCGAGGCCAUGCAGCACCGACUGAAACUGGAGGAAAUGCGCACGACUUUGGCCAACUUGGAGCAGGAUGAGACACCUCAACGUCCCCAGGCGGAAAAGCGUGCUGCCAACAGCGCACCCCACGCCUUCAGCGACGCAGCUACAAAUGCAACUCCAACACCUCAGGUCGAGGCCGUACAUGCUGGUGAAGCUCACGAAGGGCCCGAAUCCCCAAGCCUGGUGCGCUCGCCAAAUGGCAUCAAGGCGGCUUUGGACUUUAGCACAUUAAUGCAGACAGCCAGUUCCAACAUGAACACGCCUGAACGCCUGCCCUCGCCCGGAUUGAGCAUGGGCUCUGCAUUUCGGCCGUCAGGCAACGCAUCGGCUCUUGCGAGCCUGCAGCGUUUGCGUGCCGGAGCUACUCGGGGCCGUGACUCAUCCGAGGCAGAGGCCAAUUCGACGUUGGGCCCCAUGCAGUCAGAUGAUGACGUCUCGGCUAUGACUACACCGCCAACCCCCGGCGUAGUGGAAGUACAGGAAGGGGCCGAUGGCAGCGUCAAGGGCGCGGUUGCUUUGCGAUCGGCCUCGGAUCGUGUUAGAACGCGAACGCGACGAACCGCGCCCGCGGCAGUGCAGGCGCCAGCCAUGGCUGAAGCGCCUGCAAGCACACGAACCAAAAUCAAAAUUUCGCAGCCUGUAGCUGCGGAGCAAGAUGGUCCUUCCGAGUGCGCCACGCAGUAG